UGAAGUGUCUGUCUGUGGUUUUUUUCGUGCUGACUUUCGUCCAAGGACUAAAAGGAGCAAAUUAUGAAUUUGUUUUCGAUGAUCCGGACAUUUUUCGUGACUGUACAAAAGUACCCGAUAACACUUUAAACUUCGACGGAAUUUUUAAUGCAUCGGAGCGCAUUUUGUACAUGAAGGAUAAUGACAUUGUAAACCUGGGAGGCAACAUUUCCAUUAGUUCCAUGUGGGAAGUUGAGCCAACUGAUCGGGCUGAGGUACAUAUCGCUGCAUACCAUUGGGAAGUUGCAGAUUGGCAACCAACGAUCUACAACAUGAUCAUUCCGGAUCUCUGCCAGGCUGUCCAAGAUCCAAAAAAUUAUUGGUACAUCUACUUCGGCCAAUACAUAAUCAACAAAGAUGAGUUAAAAGAAAAGUGUUUUAAUGUCAUAGGUACUAAGUAUUACCUCGAGGCCUAUGAUGUUCGUUUCAAUAUAAGCUCCAAUGGUCUACCCUUUAAUGGUCGCUAUAAGGUCGAAUUUAAAAUUGAUGUCUACGGCAACGAUUAUACAAAACGGGCUAUCUCAGCUUGUUUUAUGGCUACUGGUCAUUUUCUUAAAAAGUAAAUGGCAAAUUAAAAUUCGUUUCAAUAAAGUAAUAA